AUGGCAUAUGAAAUGGAACGUCCAGAUUCGGAAAUGGGUCGAAGAAGUACAGUAACAAGUAAACGUACUUCAAUAUGUCCCAAUACAACUUGUGUAUCAGAAAUAAAAGAAAUGCUUGAAGAGGAAGAAGAAAAACCAUUGGAUAUGUCAUGGCCUGAGAAAUUACAUCGUCAAAUUCUUUAUUUAUUCUUAUCACCAAUUUUAUUCCCAUUAUGGGUGACACUACCUGAUGUCAGGAAGCAGAAUGCGCGUAAAUGGUUUCCAAUCACAUUUAUUGGUUCCAUUUUCUGGAUUGCAUUUUAUUCUUAUAUAAUGGUUUGGAUGGCUAAUACUAUUGGUGAAACGAUUGCUAUGCCCACGGAGGUGAUUGGCUUGACAAUCUUGGCUGCAGGAACAAGCAUACCUGAUUUAAUUACCAGUGUUAUUGUGGCAAGGAAAGGCCUUGGUGAUAUGGCUGUCUCGAGUUCUGUUGGUAGCAAUAUUUUCGAUGUAUGCGUUGGAUUACCAAUUCCAUGGUUGUUAUUUUUUAUUGUUGAACCUCUUCGUAAUCCUGGUACUACACAAAAUUACAUUUCAGUUUCCAGCAAUGGUUUGAUAUGCAGUGUCGGUAUGCUUUUCAUCAUGCUCGUCGUACUUGUUGCAUCAAUUGCUUUAUCAAAUUGGAAAAUGAGUAAAUUAUUUGGAUUUGUCAUGAUUAUAUCAUACAUUGCAUUUUGUAUAUUUGCUGUUACCCUCGAAAUGGGUCAUUUUAUAUGUCCACUCAAAAUAUGUUAA